GGGGCGAGAAGGAAUCAGCUGAAACUCAUUACACCUGUUUGUAUUUAUUUACUCCACCUGGUGCGUUGCGCCAGCUCUCUGUGCAAUCUGACCUGCAGGGGAGGGACGCUGCUCUACUUGUUUUCAUUGUGUAUUUCGUUUGACCCCCGUAUGCAUUUCAUCUUUGACACGAUAUAGACCUCGGACCUGGCACUGGCUUUUUUGUGUGGCGUGCCGUCUCCGUUUUGGUUGGAGGGAUCAUGAAAACUGUUGCUCAACAGAUGUUCCGGACCUGCAACAAACUUUUCUCUGGAAAAACUCCAAACGAUGUUGUGGAGGCCCAUCCGUCCAACAUUGAGACAGCAGCACAGCUGGAAAACAUCCAACAUUUGCCCUGUCCUUCCAAUCCUCACGGUGUGGAGGCGGUCAGAGAGAGUGUUCAUGGUGUGGAGGCGGUCAGAGAGAGUGUUCACGGUGUGGAGGCGGUCAGAGAGAGUGUUCACCAUGUGGAGGUAGUCAUUGAGAGGGCCCACCAUGGUGGUGGAUGGCUCCUGUCUGGCAUCAUCUGCAUCAACAUCCUGAUCCUGGGCUGCGCUCUGGUCAGCGGCAGUGCCUUCAACAGCGUGGCCAUUACUGCCGUGCACAGGCAAAUCUUCCUCAUCAUUCUCCUCCUCCUCACAAUGUUGUGGAUGCUGUUUUACGCAGCCGUAACCUCCCGAAAGGAUCAAGCGAUCUUGCUCAAAGAUAGCCAUGCAGGGCCCGUGUGGCUCCGAGCUGGACUUUUGCUGUUUGGGCUUCUCAGUCUCCUCAUGGACAUCUUCAAGAUUGCCAACUACGUGGGCUACCUUCACUGUGACUCUGCUGUUAAAGUGGCCUUCCCUGUCGUGCAAGCUGUAUUUUUGUUUGUCCAGACAUACUUCCUGUGGGUUCAUGCAAAGGACUGCGUGCAGCUACACACUAAUUUUACACGGUGUGGCCUCACUCUUACACUUUCAACUAACCUGGUGGUGUGGAUGGCAGCUGUGACUGAGGAAUCUAUUCACCAAACAGAGAUUCCUGAUCUAAAUGUCAAUGUCUCUCACAAGAUGUACAGAGCCAGCUAUGGCAAUCAUAAAUGUAAAUGCAGUCACUCAGCAUGCAACACCUUCAAAGAGGCCUUCUACUACCUGUACCCCUUCAACAUCGAAUACAGCCUCUUUGCGUCGGCUAUGGCCUACGUCAUGUGGAAAAAUGUCGGUCGACUUGUGGAGGAUCACAGCCACCACAGCGUGAAGUUCCGUCUAAAGGAUGUGUGUAUGGGACCCGUAACGGGAAUACUCCUGGUGGUGGCGGGACUCGUAACCUUCAUCAUCUACGAGGUCUACAUACUGAAAGAGGAUGAGGAAAAGCGAAACGAGGCCCUGUUGAUUCAUUUUAUCAUGAAUAUCGUGAUCGUGAGCCUGAUGUCCCUCUCCACCAUGAUUGGGUGCAUUGUCUACAGGCUGGACCACAGGGAGCACGUAUCGGAGAAAAACCCCACUCGCAGCCUGGAUGUGGGGCUGCUGGUGGGAGCCUCACUGGGACAGUUCAUCAUCAGCUAUUUCACCAUCGUGGCUGCGGUGGCGACAGGUGCCAGUGGGUACCUGAAUGCCCUCAACCUGUCCUGGGCCGUGCUGACAGUGCUCCAGCUCGGCCUGCAGAACUACUUCAUCAUCGAAGGCCUCCAUCGAGAGCCCUUCCACAUGAUGCAGGAAGCAGCCCUGCACACAAACGCUCACCUCCAAGAGCACACAGAGAUGAGCGUUGUUAUGGAGAUAAAUAAGUCCAGCUACUACCUGACUUCAAGUUUUCAUAAGUUAAGCUGGAAGAGACGAAUACUGAAGGAUGUUUGUGCCUUUCUUCUGCUCUCAAACAUCAUUCUGUGGAUCAUCCCCGCCUUCGGCGCUCGUCCCCAGUUUGAUCAUCCCGUCGAGAUAAAAUUCUACAGCUUCACAAUGUGGGCUGCCAUUGUGAAUAUUGGACUUCCUUUUGGAAUCUUCUACCGUAUGCACUCUGUCGCCAGUCUCUUUGAGGUGUACUUAAUUUCUUAGUUGGAUUCAUUCGCUGGACUUAUUUUUAGCAUGUAGACUAAUGUUAUGAUCUGUUUUAUUUAUUGAAUGUUUAAAUUGAACUUGUUAAUGUUAAUAAAUUUUAACUUAAAAGA